AAAACUAAAAUCUAUUUUCAAACUCGUAUAAAUAAACUUGAAAAUUUCUCAAAGGAAUUCGACACCAAUCAUCAAACUCUUUUAUUGAACGGUUGCUCACCUGAACAUGAAUAUUUUACCUCUCAACUAGCAGCAAGGUUUGAAGAGUCUUACUUAACAUAUUAUUGCGAGAUUGGAGACGCCUUCGAGACCCGGUUUCCAACAGUUCCCAGCGACGCUACUCCUAGCCAUUCUAAUUCAACGAUGCACAACACCACCAUGCUACAAGCGCCUGGCUCUACAGUUCAACUACCAAAAUUACCAGUACCUAGUUAUUCUGGCAAGCUGACUGAAUGGCCAGCCUUUCAUGAUGUCUUUCAACAACUUAUUCACGAUAAUGGUGCACUUUCCAGCAUACAAAAAUUCCACUUUCUGAAGCAAGCACUCCCAGCGGACCGAGAUCAAGACGUGCAUCAAAUGGACUUGACUGAAGCGAAUUAUCUCGUCGCCUGGAGUCUCAUUGUUACGCGUUAUAAUAAUCCCCGAUUGUUAUUCAUGCAUCAUAUGAAUACCCUAUAUGAGUUGCCAUCAAUUUCCAAAGAAAGUUCAGCCGAACUAAAACAUAUGUUAAACGUUGCCAACGUUUGCAUCAAUGAGUUCAAACGCCUCAACAUUGCAAUUGCCAAUUGCGAUCAUUGGAUUGUGCAUCAUCUCACCACUAAGCUGCCAUCGCAAACUAUCCAAGCCUGGGAACACAGUCUUGGGAGUACAAAGGAAAUCCCAACCUUUUUCACUUUGGAAUCAUUUCUCAACAACCGACUUUUUAGCAUCGAUAUAAUUGAAGGUCGCAAGGUUCCACCUCCACCACGGCAACCACAAGGAGUCAACGGCUUCCAACGAAACGUCAUCAAACAUUCAGGCAACGCACAAACCAGGAUCAGUAGCUGCCAUACUUCAGGGGUUACUACCAACUCUGUUCGCUGCGCUCAUUGCAAUGACCAACACAUCUUACGUCGUUGUCCAGACUUUUUAGCAAAGGAUUCUUUCGCUCGCAAACUUAUUGUUGACCGCAGUAAGGUAUGUCUCAAUUGCCUCAGCCCCACCCAUUCUCUGUCAAAAUGUAACAGCAGCAAAAACUGUUUACAAUGUGGACAACGCCAUCACACUCUCUUACAUUUCCCAACCCAGGUAAAGGCUAGUGAUGUCGCGCAGUCUGCAGGAAACAUAACUAGUCUCAACUCACAGGGUCUGACAGCAUCUAGCAACACCACACAGCUCAUCAGCGCGUCAGCCUCACAUUCAACACCUCAUACGAUGAUUCUCGCAACUGCUCUGGUUCGUCUUCAUAGUAAUGCCACAGGUCAGUCAGCGGUGGUCCGAGCCCUUAUCGAUCAUGGAUCAGAAGGUACCCUUGUUACGGAAACUGUAGUCCAAGCGCUAGGGCUUCCCCGAUUUCCAGUCUCAGCAGAAAUAUCAGGGGUAGGAGGGAAUUCCACCAACAGGUGCAAAUAUCGCACCGAAUGUACUUUAAGCUCAACUACUAAUUCAGGAUUCAAGAUGUGGGUGGAAAAUGCCUUCGUUUUGCGUACCCUGACUUCUCCUUUACCAAGGACGAAUCUAACUCUACCAACGUGUCCACAUUUAACUGGGUUGGAGCUCGCCGACCCAAAUUUUAUGCACACUAAUAGCAUAGAUGUGCUCCUCGGCGUGGACACCAUUCCACAAUUUAUGAUGAGUGGAAUCAGGAGAGGAUCUUACGAUCAACCAAUUGCCCAAUGCACGCAACUUGGUUGGAUCAUUUUUGGCAGAAUUACGCCAAAACAGACACACACGAUAUCCAUACAAUGUCAUCAUUCUAAUCUGGAAACUCUAGUUCAAAAAUUCUUCGAAUUGGAAGCACGAAAAUUCCAAAAGAAACCAGAUCUGUAUGAACAAUACUCAAAGGUCAUGGAGGAAUACUUCGAGCUGCACCAAAUAACUGAAGCCAUCACCUCAGAAGAACAGCAUCGCCUGGCGGACAAAGGAGGCUCAAUCAGUUAUACUGCAUGCACAUUACCCCAUCAUGCAGUUCUGAAGGCGGACAGCAGCACCACAAAACUUCGAGUUGUGUACGACGCCUCAUGCAAGACAUCAAAUGGAAAAUCGCUCAACGACAUUCUCUGUAUAGGCCCAGCCUUACAAAACGACCUUGGUGGGGUCAUUCUCAAUUGGCGAUUUUUACAAUAUGUCUUUGCGGCCGAUAUUCAGAAAAUGUAUCGUUGCAUCGAUGUACACCCGGAGGAUACACACUUCCAACGGAUUAUUUGGCAAAGGGAAAACAAUGCUAUAAAGGAUUAUUGUUUAACAACUGUGACGUUUGGAACAGCAUCAGCCCCGUACACAGCCAUUCGCAUCAUGCAUCAGAUCGCUCAGGAUGAACGAGAUCAAUUUCCAUUAGCAGAACAUGUUUUACGAAAAGAAAUAUAUGUGGAUGAUUUGCAAAGUGGACAUGAGACAAUUAAGGGAGCCCUUCAAGUUCGAGAUGAUGUCAUCGGGGCACUUCAAUCAGCUGGUAUGGAGCUUCGAAAAUGGGCAGCAAAUCAUCCCAGUCUUUUGAACUCUAUUCCUCCUGAGCACAUGUCCAAUUCCAAAAUUUUGGAAAUCGAAAACCAAGAGUCCAUUAAAACUUUGGGGCUAUAUUGGCACCCCAAGGAAGACUUUUAUGGUUUCAAAUUAAAAUUUACAAUUGAUGAAAUUUUCACUAAACGAUCAAUUCUUGCUACAGUUGCACGUCUGUACGAUCCUUUAGGUUUCGUUGCUCCAGUCAUAAUCAUCGCCAAGGUUAUUCUCAAAGAAGUCUGGAGCAUACGUAUUCAACAGGCUGAUGGCACUCCAGCAGGAUUAGCUUGGGACGCAACGGUACCGCCAGUAAUUCAGCACAAGUGGAAAGAAUACUGCACCAAUUUACUUAAAAUUGAAUCACUGAGAAUACCCCGAUGGUUACAGUAUUUACCCAGCACCAUCGCAUCCUUGCAGCUGCAUAUCUUUUGUGAUGGCUCUUCUAUGGCAUACGCAGCGUGUGCCUAUGUGCGGGUCCAACAUACAAAUAACUCGGUAUACACGCAUCUCAUAGCUGCAAAGAGUCGAGUCACACCCACAAAGCCGUUGACAAUUCCUAGAGUGGAACUAUGUGGAGCUGUACUCGCCGCACAACUGGGUGACUGGCUCUGCAAGCAAAUAGAUCAACCAACGCAUCCCAUUUCGACCUAUUUCUGGAGCGACGCAACGAUCGUUCUUUAUUGGAUUGCGGGGGAUCCCUUACAUUGGAAAACAUUCGUAGCGAAUCGUGUAGGACGAAUUUUGGAGUCCAGUUCUGCAUCUCAAUGGAGACAUGUGCCCACCGGAGAUAACCCUGCAGACUGCGCGACGCGUGGUCUCUAUCCAGAUCAAUUAGCUGCCUAUGAUUUAUGGUGGCAGGGGCCUUCUUGGCUACGACUACCAGAAUCUCAAUGGCCUAGCAAAAUCUUUGACAUUCCUGAUAGCACCAAUCUCUCGUGUGAGCAAAAAUCGCUUUCUCUACAAACCCACAGCUGCGUUGAGAGAAAUCCAAACUCUUUACUCACGUCGUUUUCAUCUUACAACAAACUUCUGUUUAUAAUGGCUUACGUACGACGCUUUAUUCACAAUUCACAAACGCGCGUGGACUCUCGACAGAGAGGUCCAGUUACCGCCCAGGAGUUUCAGCAGGCACUAGGGCACAUUGUCCGACUAGUGCAACAUGAAACGUUUAAGGUGGAGAUUCAAAAAAUAAAGACAAAAACACAUUUAUCUAGAUCGAACAAAUUAAGUCAACUUUCCCCAUUUCUAGAUAACGAAGGAGUGCUGCGUGUCCGAGGGAGAUUGAAAAAUGCAUUGCACCUAUCGCCGCAUCAACGCACACCGAUCAUUUUGCCAAAGGAUCAUCAUUUUACCGAACUUGUCAUUCGUAAUGCUCAUCUCAACACAUUACAUGGCGGGAUAUCACUUACACUGGCAGUGACAAGGCAAACGUUUUGGAUUCUUAAUGGGAAACAGGCAGUUAAAAAGAUUCUGCACAAAUGUGUUGACUGCUUCAAGCACAGACCGAAGGCAGUCACGCAGCUCAUGGGAGACCUUCCCUUACAUCGAGUGAACCCACCAAAGCGAGCCUUUGAAGCCACAGGCGUGGACUAUACCGGUGCGCUAGAAAUCAAAGCGUCAAAGUUUCGUGGACACCACAAAUACAAGGCAUAUAUUGCAGUUUUUAUAUGCUUGGCGACAAAGGCAGUCCACUUGGAAGCUGUUACCGGAUUGUCUUCUCAGGAUUUUUUGUGGGCUCUACAACGUUUUAUUGGCAGACGUGGAUACUGCCAACACAUCUACAGCGAUUGCGGUACCAAUUUCAUUGGAGCAGAUAAAUCCCUAAACCUUUGGCAUGAAGAGUUUCGACAAAGCGUUAUCGCAACGGUUAUUCCAAAAUUAACCGCUCAGCAGAUUCAAUGGCAUUUCAAUCCGCCACACAGCCCAAACUUCGGUGGAUUAUGGGAGGCGAAUGUUAAAGCGGUUAAGACACACUUACAUCGCACGUGUAAAGGGGCGCUCAUGACCUACGAACAACUCUCAACUAUUUUGGUUCAAAUCGAAGCCUGUUUGAACUCUCGCCCACUUUGCCCGUUGAGCUCGGAUAUGGAGGAUUUAGCAGUACUGACACCGGCCCAUUUCUUAAUUGGCGAUUCCAUGAUGGCGCUACCUAAUCCAUCAGCUUCGGAUAAAUCGUUAAACGCACAAUUCUUGGAAGGACAAAGACUGCUUCGAACCUUUUGGCAUCGUUGGAGCUCGGAUUGGCUUUCACACUUACAAUCUCGUCCAAAAUGGCAGCGGGUUGAGGAAAACUUGCGUUUACACGACAUAGUUAUUAUUAAAGAUGAUCGGCUUCCGCCAAAUGAAUGGAAGCUCGGUCGCAUAGUCGAAUUACAUCCAGGAUCUGAUAAUCUCAUUCGAGUCGCAUCUAUUAAGACGGCAUCCGGAAUUUAUAAACGCUCUUUGUCGAAAAUCUGUCCAUUGCCAUUAGCUACUUAUUCAGAGGCUACGGAAUAAACAUUAAUUACGUACAUACUUUGUCCACCUCUACAUAUCGUAAUGACACUUAUUUCUUU